AUUUCGAACUUUGCUCAAGGUAAUCUUACAGUCACAUCUUAUUAUACUAAGCGGAAAUGCCUUUGGGACGAUUAUGCCUGCAUAGUAGCUGUACCUGAAUGCAAUUGUGGUGCUGAGAAAGCUUAUAGUGAUCAUGAUUCAGAAACCAAACUUAUGCAAUUUCUUAUGGGUCUUAAUGACAUAUUUGAACCAGUGAAGAACCAAAUAUUGCUCAUGGAACCCUUGCCUACUAUAAAUAGGGCAUAUUCCAUGAUUUUGAAGGUUGAGAAGCAGAAAUCUGUUCAUAGUCUAGUACAGGAAGGAUUGGAUAGUUCAGUGAUGUUGGCAAAGGGUGCAUAUGGAAGGGGAACUACUAAUAUGGAAAAUAUAGGUAGAGGAAAUGCAGGCAUUAGCAACUAUGGAAGAGGAUCAUUUGGUAGAGGAGGUUUUAGUCAGAACAACAACAAUGGGGGUAGAGGGAGAGGUCAAUUCAGACUUUAUAAGGAAGAAAAGGCAAAACUAUACUGUGAACAUUGUGGUUAUAAUGGUCAUGAAAUCCAAGGCUGUUUUAAAUUAAAUGGUAUCCAGAAUG